AUGGAGGAUCACGAUUCAGCAACUUAUUCGAUCGAAUCGGAACCACCGCCCUCCCGCGGGCUCCUACCGUCGGCGGAAAACACUGUUUUGCCGGCGUUCCGCCGCACAGCAGUACAAAUUGUUUCACAACCUCUCUCUCCUCGUCGGCAGGCAUCGAAAGCGGCCGAAAAAGCUGGGGUUGGUGAUGGUGUCGGCACGAUGCAAAUCACAAAGCUGGUGCUCAAAACCCCUCCCGGAAGCCCGAAGCGUCAUUCGAAAACUCCCGGCAUCAUCAUCCACUCGCUGCAGACCUUCGCCUCCACAGCGCUGCGCACGGGACACGAUCACGAACGCACCCCGGAUACAUCGCAAUCCGGUACGGAUCCUGCAACAUCGAAAGUGCUCGUGGAGCAUAAAAACUUACCGGCCGCGGUUGAGCCUGCUGUUAGUGAGCCGCCGUAUCGUAUCAUUCCGAUCGAUUCUUCACCGGGAAGGAAGCCGAUGCAAAAGGAACAAGACGAUCCUCAGGUUCUGGAAAGUUCGAAGGAAAACAAAGUUCCAUCACAGUGUAUUGAAAUCACACGUCCCGCCGGACAGGAAAGAUCCGAGAGCAAAGUUCAAGCGACGAUUCAAAAGAUACGACUGCCAAGCAAGGCAAACGGUUCGGUAAUGGAAAUCAAGCCACAAAAUGCCCCUAAACCUAAAAUAGCAAGCAAAUCAACGUCCCAGUAUGCCUCGAACGAGAAAAUCGUAUCGCAUCCCGUGCCAGCCGCUCGCCGCUCGUUGCUAACAGAAACGCCGAAACUGGCAACCGACAUUCCGAUGCUUACUUUGCCCACCGCUGACGAAGUAAUUCAAAGGACGGUUGUAGAAAUCUCACCAGAAAGCAAGCUGAUGCCACCACCAACGGUACCGAUCGAACCAAUGAAGCCUCCUCGUGCUUCAGGGACGCAACCGAAACCACCGUCCGCGGCUUCUGCCACUCGUCCACCGGCGGGAGAUUGUGUGAAGAAGAAGGAAAAAUCCUACGAUCCCGCAAAGGCGCGUGAAUUUAUACGGGAGCAGCAGGCAAAGCGCCGGCAGGAAAAAAAGGAUACACCCGAGCAAGGAGCGGUCCCGAAACCGUCGGAGAAAGAACUGAUCAAACAGCGGCUUGAAAAGUUAAAACGAAGCACAACCUCCCUGGUGAAGAAAAAUGUACAAAAAGCACGAUCCCGAUCGGUGUCAUGCGCUCCGAAGGUCUCCAACGAGCCUGCACCCGGUGCAGUAGGUGCACUUGGUGCACUUUCCGCUAAACCGCAUUCCAACGGAAGUUCUGGUCCACCGCCUGCGAUAUCUAAACAACCCCCGUUGCGUAAGUUCCCUUCCUCACCUUCUCUGCAGCAACCAACAAGCGCGGGUGAUUCGAAGAAAGUUCAUGGAAAAUUGACUCUUAAAGAAAACCCCACAACGGUUGCUCCGGUAUCGAAGACCAGUAAAACUUUUUCGCUCUCCGACAAAAUGGUUGCUGAGAAUGUUUUAAAACGGCGAGCUACAAGCAGCAUCAUUUCCAGUGAUUCGAUACGACCAGCCAAGGCACGACCAAGCUCUGCCCGAACCAACUCAUCAUCGUUCAAAUUGUUACCGAAACGACCGGGGACAAGGAUCGGCAUCAUGCGCAAACCGGACCACAUGUCGCUUGAAGACGUACUGAGUCCAGUUCAUCAAGCCUCUUCACGACCGAACCAACAAAUUACCGUGACGACGCCGAAUGCAAUGGUUAAUGCGCAGUUGAUUGUAAUUAAGGAUGAUCGCGGAGAUGACGUACCGCUCACUGCGGCGGAAAAGGAGCUUAAGUUGAAUGUGCCGGAUGUUACGCUCAUUCCUAACAACUCAUUCAAAACAACUUUGCUACCCCAGGAGGAAAAGGAAACGAACAACAACGUUGAUGAUGUCCUGCAAGAUCACAAUGAACAGGACCAUCAUCGAAUCAAAAGUAUUCCGCCAUGGUUGAAGCAAUCACUCCAGCAACCGGAUCCAUAUCCAUUUAUCGUGGCGGUACGCAAAAAGCUCGAAGCAGUACGGAAUGUGACUGGAGAGGAAGAUAAAAAGGCAACUUCUAAGCAGUGCCCCGAGCAGUUGAUGCGGCGAGAAGAGGUAAUUAAUCCGCGCACCAACGCUUACUUAGAUAUCAUCCACAGUGUGCCCAGCAUUGCAAAGAAAGAACAACAGCGUAAGAUUAUCGCUCCUUCCGCGAUCAUCAAUGAAGGAUCGGCCAUCUCGACCAACAUUUCCGUCCAAGGUGAAUCGAACACAUCGUCAGAAAUUAGUUCGAUCAAAUCCGACGCUGUAUUUCCACUGCCACCGCUCCUGAGCAGCACGAAAGUAGAAUCGUAUUCGACCAAAUUCGAUCGCCACCCAACGCCUACAUCAGGCCCCGUCAGUCCGCUUUCGAUGGAGAAGAUAUCAGGCCUUAAGAUAACAGCCUCUCCGAAUCGGUCCCAAUUGGUACGCUCAUCACAGCGACAAGCAGAAGAAAGACUCAAAGAGAACAUACCACCAGAAAUGCCGCCUCCUGCUCAUCCUGGGAUGCCGGAACAACCCGAUCGCUCACAGCGUGAGCAGGACUAUCAGCGAAUGCUCGACGCGUUCAAUCGAAGCCUGACACACGUGAUCGAGGUCAAUCAGCAGCUUUACUCUGCCCUUAAGAAACCACCCUCUCCACUACGAUCCGUGCCGGUGCCACAGGAAAUACGGAAGAUACGCGAUGAAAUGACACAAACCUCUGCAGCGAUGACAAUUCGAUCGUCGACUCCCGGGCAAGGACCUGCCGAAUUGCCGAUUCAAAAAGCAUCCACCAGCCCAUCGAUCACGCUUGCAGGCACCUCUACAACUGCCUCCAACUACACGGAUGAUUUUGAAAACCAGAGUCAAACGGGUGUUGGCACUCCAACCGAGAAACCGAGCAUGCCCGAAUCAACUCAAGUACGGUCCCAGCAGCAGAUACCGUCAACAGUGACUUCGCCAUCCCCAGCCUCAUCAUCAUCACCCACGUCGAGUUCUUCAUCGUCUUCAGACUCUCUGGUAGCAUCGGAUGAUGGCCACCCCAGUACAAGCCCUUCAAGCAUGUCUACUUCAUCGUAUACAUCAUCGGGAAGCGGUAGUUUCACUGACCAACAGAAAUCUAAAUCCACAACUGCAAACGGACGGUCAAGUGACUUCGAAUCUCACACUUCGGAUCACUCUGAUAACAGCCACAACAACACGGCCACCAAUAUCGUGCCACCAACGGCGGAAGAAUAUCUUCCCUCAUUCGAGGAAAGCUUGCGGCGGAAACAGCUUAUUUCUGUUAAGCAUCAAACGCCAAGCAGCGAAGAUAAACGGAACCAAAUGAAAGAAAAAACUCCGGUUCCAGAAAAACAAACUAUGCAGUCCCAGAAACAAGGCUCUGAAAAGGCUGACAAUGGAGAAGAUAGUAGCAUCGAUGAAGAGAUCAAUUUAGUGGAUGAAGAAGUUCGGUCAUUUAGUUUGAAACUGUCGGAGGAAACCACGGAGCAAAAGCUUAAGCAACCCGCGGUCCAGGAGCAGCCCGCAUUGACUGAACAACAUUCAUCUUCUUUGAAGAAAGAUUCAUGUGAUGAUGUUACAUUCGGGAGUGAUCUACUUGCGACCAUCUUUAAUCGAACUGAUCUAGAGGUUUCUAUAAUGUCAACAACUGUUUCAGAAACCAAUCUCAGCUACUCUUCGAUCGGAUUGUAUGAUCAGUUGAUUCACAGUGAGCGCACGAAACAAGAACAUCUAACAUCGCGCGUUCAAGCCAAACAGAAAGCGCUACUCAACCGUGCAAAGGGACAGUUGGCCUGGCUCGAACUCCAAAAACAGCGUUUCCGCGAAAAGGGUAAACUCGAGCACAUUUCAGGCAUCAAGAAGAAGCAACGAGCAGUUCUGCUACGCUUGGAGAGGGAACGUUCCGAGUUGCACCGAACCAUAAAGUCUUCUGCGGACAACACGAAUACUGGACCAGUUGGCCGCAGUCCGCUGACAACAAAGAAUGUGAAAAGCAAACUCGAUUCGUACUGCUCCACGUCACCUGCCGUUGAUCGUGCAGCACUAGCCUUACGCUCCUCUUCCGAUAAAGUGCGAUCGCUAUCGCAACGUACUCCUCGCACUUCCUCCGGAAGCCCGGCUAAUCAAAGGAUGAUUGGUGGGACCACAGAGACAACGACCACUACUACCACUACUACCAAUUCCAUACAAGUCGCUAUUCGCGCUCGUGAGCUCGAACCCAACGAUCGUCUGGAAGACAUCCUGCUUCGGCGCGAGGAAGAGCUUCGUAAGCGCAAGGAACAUGUACGGCGGCUACUCGAGUGGCAUCACAAGUUGGACCGCGAUGAGGCAAAUUUAAUGGCAAUCGAGGAGAAGCUUCGUGCGUAUAGUAACCGCAAACAAUUUUCCAGCGGCAACCAUCGCCAGUCGGAUGGCCCGACAAUCGAAGAGCGAAUGCGUAGCAUCGAGGCAAGCCUAAAGACACUGCAAAGCAUUCCGCAUGCGAACACACGACGCGCGGUUACCUCUGAACACGAACAGGACGAUGAAAAUGAGGCUAAGCAGGAAGAAGUAGUAGAAAUGGUGGGGAAAAAGUUAAAUCGACUCUGGCAUCGGCUUACCGGCGACAAGUCACAUCGAUACGAACCCGAACACAGUUAUCACGUAACGCGAUCCAUUCUGGAAGAUUUAUACGAAAGUGCAAAACGAUUUGUGCUCGAUAGGUUCCGCCCUCGAGAUGGUCAACAAGGCAAGGGCAUGCUGCUUGAGGAAUCGAUUGGCACUAACAGCAGCUUGACGACGGUGCAAGGAGAAAGUACAACUACAACCAUUACCAAUGCGACCACCGUAGCAAACGAGAACGAAGAAGCCAUCUGCUCCCCCGUCCUAACUAAAGACUCCGAAGAAAAUCACGAGGCACAACAUACUGGGGAAGAAAUAAAUCAGUUCGUUUCUGCUCGCAGUGCCUCGCUGGGGAUUGAUGAUACGAGUUCAUCCGCGGAAUUGCAGAAAAACGAGUCAUUGGAUGAGAAACAACCAGAAAAGUUCAAAGAUACCGGCGAAGAGGAGUUGCCAGUGGUCGAGGGGCGCAAGAGCGAUGGAUUGCUUUCAUCAACAGCGAAAAGCUGGUCACCGGAGAGCCGCAGAAGUACGGCAUCGGUAGAGUUUCACACACUCGAAGAGACAGCCUAUCAAUCCAGCGAUUUUGGCGGUCAGGAUGGGGAACCAAUCGGUGUCGAAACGCCGGUACGCAGCGAAAGCUACUCGAAUACAUUUGAAGAGCGUUCGAUGGUCGAAUCGGAAACUUCGCAGAUGUUGAUAGAGGAUAUGUCCUUACCACCACCACUGCUCAACGACACCGGCUCGUUUCUGUUGACCGAAGAUGAACAGACUGAUCAACAGCAGAGCGAUCGUUCCAGUGUUGCACUGUUCGAGCUACAGAGAAAACCAACACCGGAUGGUGAUGAUGGUACAACGACAGUAGAGAGUGAUCACGAGCCGGCACAUCCACGCAGCACCAGUGAUUGCAGCGACUCCAUGAUACAGUCGUUGGAGGAAGCAACCGAAAGUAGUGGAGAGUGCGCCUCGACGGCAACCACUCCAACAACGGUCACUCCCACCAUGGCAAUCGAAGCGAUCGGCGAGGACAAUCUGGAACAGGAGACGGUCGAUGGUACGGUUGACGAUGGUGAUGCUGAGAUCGAUGUAGGCCAACAGCGUUCAUCAAUGAACAGCAGUUCGUCUACUUCAGAACUUGAAAAGCGUUUGGUUACGUUGCACGAUGAGCUCGAAGAGUUGAGCGAAACGUUCGAAAGAACUCCGUUAAUGCGUUCACCGACGACCCCGCCACCACCGCUACCACCAACCGUUACACUGGCAUCAGAUACGAUCUCAAUGUCAUCCGAGCAGCAGGAUGGAAGCAAUCAGCCAGAUUCAAGUGGAUCUGAAUCGCUCUCGGAAUCCUCGAAUGCUCAACAGCGUGGCACAGAAAUUGACAAAAAGGGUACAACCUUGGUGAUUAACAGUGCAUCUCUAACUGCGACUGAUCCAAAUCCAACAAAAAUUGAUAUUAAACAAGGAACGAAGCCCUCAUUCGAUGAUUCCAUGCUCGGGUCGGCUUCUGGGAAUGGUGCAUAUUCGGCUACUCGUAAUUAUCCUCCCGUUAGUUCACCGCUUGCCAAUGGAGGAUCCAGUGUAUCCAUCGGCUCAACUCCUCCCGGUCCGCCCAGUAGCAGCACCACCGUCCGUAUGCCAGACAUUAUCAACGAAGCGGAAGUGUUGCGACGCCAGCAGCUACAGAUCGAGCAGGAAAUCAAGGAGCUCGAACAGCAAGUUGGCUUUUUCCGCGAAAUUCCCAACAAACCACCGCCACCAUACAUCCCGCCGGCCAACGGUAGUCCUCUUGCUCUACUGUUUCCCUCGGAAACCCGCAUCGACGAGCUAAUCAAUGAGCGGCUCGAUGAGUUGUACCGCGAUCCGUGGCUCCCAGUGGAACGGCUCCGUUCCGAUCAUGUGACGAACGUUUACGAGAAGCUAAUUCUCGACGUGUGCAACGAGCUGUACGGUGAUCUCAGACCUCCGGAGCCCACUGUCUCGUUCCGCACGAUCGAGCAUGACAAACGGCCACUAGCGUUCUACAACCCGCCAGAUGAGUUGCGCUGCAUGAAGGAUUAUAUGCGGCGCAAAAUCAAACGCAUCCUGAACGAGGAGCAACUGUCGCUACAACAGCAGCAACAGCAGCAGCUAAGCCAGUUUCCGUAUCACCAACAGUUGUUCCAUCACCUGCAGCAGUCUCAUCAGCAACAUCCAUUGCAUCAUCAGCAGCAGCAUCAGUUGCUUGCUCAGUGUGCUACGGUUCCACUGCAGUACGCGAACAGUGGGUGCGCGAACAAGCGGAAGCGGGAUCAGGUCGAUGAGAUCCUGGCCGAAGAAAUGCACGAAGACGAUGCCCGCUGGACGAACUUUGAUCGCGAAGAGAUCGAGGUAAAGGAUCGCAUUACCGGUGAGCUGUUGAAAUCAUUGUUGGGCGAUGCUAUUCGCGAUAUGGCCCAAGCCUUUCGGUGCAAGAAGCAACCGGACAACGAAUCCAACGUUCCACUGAAGGAAAGUGCCAUGUAGGGUAGGAGACCCGGAGCCGGUGAUGUAUUGCAUUUACUGCGCAGUUACUUUUAAUCUUUUAAUAGUUUGUGAUAGAACCGUUGGUGAAUCUUAAUUUUGACGACUUUUUUUGUUUUUCUAAGCGCCGUUAUCUUUUUUACAAGUUUUGUUUUCAGUUUUUUUUGCUAUAAGAUCGAUACGCACAUCGAGCUGCGUAGUAUUAACAACGAAAAUCCUCCGCAAAAUAGGAUUAUUUGCUCAAUUAAAUUGGAUUGCACAAGAAUUGUACGUUUCAAUGCAACCCAACUGACUGAGCAGUUAAGGGAAACUGCAUAGUAAGGAAGAUGGAAUAGGACUAAAAGAAGAUGCUCCCGUGGGAAUUUCUUUUUCAUACAGGUUACUUUAGCUGAAAAAUAAGUUGAAAGUGAACCGAAUGUUUAUGAAUUUUCCAAACCAUCUUUGCUCAAAGACUGGACUGGGUUAUGUACUUAAUGCUGGUAA